ACUGCAAAACAUUAUGCGCCAGUUGCACGUCAACGUCAAAGACAAUCUUCUGUGUUUUUCAACAAAUCUCUGUCUUUCCAUUACUUUCGAACCUUUUUGCAUAAUUCCAUAGUCUUCUGAAGACUCCCAUAUGCCUUAUUUGCCACGAAGACUGAUUCGCAAGUUCUAAAAGUUCGUUACGUUUUGCUUGGCUUCUAUCUACAACUAUUCGUACUUCAAGCCAAUUCCAUUGCUUCAUUAGCAUUUGCAAUCUUUUACGAAUAGCUCCGAAAUGUAAAGAUGGCAACUGGCAACUAUGAAGGUUAUGUAUUGGCCCUUGUCUCAUACGAUGAUAAAUAUUUUUGCAAGAGCUAGAAGAAGAUAAAACAAAAUGUCGUCCAGACAGGACAGAGGAAAGGGGGCCUUUUGGCAGCUCGACUCGUUCUUCGGCAGGCCGCGGACGAAGGGUCGCGGCCCUUCCGGACAACAGCCAAGACCCCCCUCAGAUGGGUACUUCAAUGAGCUCGAGGAACAGGAGAAUGCCAUCUCCGAGCUGGAUGAAAAUUCCACUAAUGACAAGUUUGAAGAAAUGCUUGAUGAUAUGAACCUGACUGAAGAGAAGAAAGAGCCGUUACGGAUGCAACCUACUGAGAAUAAGAAGAAAAUGUUAAUAAAUCAUUACAAAGGACUGACUCAGGAAAGCAGAAACAGACUCGACAAGCCAGCUGACUACAUAAAUUAUCUAUCCACACCAGAUUUGAGUGUUAACAAAUUGACUGCUUGUAUUGAAUCUCUCAGGAUAGCCCUUACCAAUAAUCCUUUGAAAUGGGUUGAGGAGUUCGGUAUGAAAGGACUUAAGCAGGUGUUGAAUGUUUUAAAUGAGUGUUAUCGCAACGACUCCCGAUAUGACCGCAUUCAGCACGAAUGUAUUAGGUGCUUAAGGGCAUUUAUGAACAAUACAAAUGGCAUCAGACAGACAUUUUCACAACGUGAGGCUCUCACAAUUUUGGCAAGGUCGAUUGACCCGUCCAAACCCUCAGCCAUGCUGGAAGCAGUGAAACUGCUGGCUGCUGUGUGCUUGAUUCCUCCUCCCGAUGGAAAGGGAAAAGAUGGCCAUGAAAAAGCUCUAGAGGCUAUAACAAUGAGUGGAGAAUUUAAGGGUCGAGAGAGAUUUGAGCCUAUUGUCCAAGGUCUGCUCAUUAAAGAAAAUGAGAAGGCUUUGCGGGUCGCUUGUUUGCAACUGAUCAACGCCAUCAUCACACAACCUGAUGACUUAGAGUAUCGCUUGCAUCUUAGAAAUGAAUUUAUGAGAGUGGGCCUAUUGGAUGUGAUUGAGAACCUAGAAGAAGAUGCCAAUGAGGAUCUUCUCACUCAACUCAAGAUCUUUAAAGAACAUAAGGAUGAGGACUUUGAAGAGUUCAUCCAAAGGUUUGACAAUGUCAGACUGGAGUUGGAUGAUGUCAAUGACUGUUUUGAAAUGGUCAAGAAUUUAGUCAUGGAUACUGCCGCCGAACCAUAUUUCUUGUCAAUUCUCCAGCAUUUUCUCUUUAUUAGAGAUGAUGCUCAGAUAAGACCUGCUUAUUUUAAAUUAUUAGAAGAAUGUGUAUCACAAAUAGUAUUACAUCGGGGUGGUUGUGAUCCUGAUUUUAGGUCUACUAGACGCUUUCAAAUUGAUGUUCAACCAUUAAUUGAUACUCUUGUUGAAAAGUCAAAACUUGAGGAUGAAAGGAGGAUAGAGGAGCUGCAAAUGAAAUUGGAGGAAGCUCUAGCCUUACGUCAGGAAACUGAAGCAAAGCUGCAACAAAGUGAGAGAAAACUGUCAGAAUUGCAACAAUCUGGGGUUUCAGUUGCGUCACCAGGCAAGCCACCUGCGCCUCCACCUUUUCCUGGCUUUCCCCCAGCGCCACCGAUGCCGGGCGCACCACCCCCACCCCCACCUCCCCCAGGGCUUCCAGGAAUGUGUCCACCACCUCCUCCCAUGCCUGGUGGCAUGGGCGGGCCACCUCCCCCACCUCCGCCCCCAGGAAUGGGGCCUCCUCCGCCCCCCUUCCCGGGUAUGCCCGGGAUGCCUCCACCACCCAUGUUCCCUGGAGCACCUGCUGCACAUAAGCCUCCAGACGUUUUACCACUUGGUCUCAAACCUAAGAAGAAGUGGGAUACAGAUGGUCCUUUGAAGAGAGCAAAUUGGAAAGCUAUUGUGCCUCACAAGUUAUCUGAGAAGUCAUUUUGGGUCAAGGUCCACGAAGAAAAACACGCAUCUCCUGAUAUACUUAAUGGCCUUGCUCAGCGGUUUUCAUCAAAACCAACAGCCAAGAAAAUUGAUACGGGAGACAAUGGUGUAAAGACAGGCACCCUCAAGAAAGUAAAGGAUUUGAAGGUUCUGGACAGCAAGGCUGCCCAAAACAUAUCAAUUCUGCUUGGCGGCUCAUUAAAGCAUCUCAGCUACAAUGAUGUCAAAAAGUGUAUCCUUCGCUGUGAUGAUGCUGUUUUGUCAGACAAUGUCCUCCAGCAGCUCAUUAACUAUUUGCCAUCCCCAGAUCAGUUACAUAAAUUAGAAGAGUACCGUAGUCAAUAUGAUGAUUUGACCGAGGCUGAACAGUUUGCUAUAACUCUUGCUGAAAUUAAGAGACUGCUACCUCGGCUGAAAUCAAUGAGUUUCAGGCAACAUUACAAUGAAAUAGUUGCAGAUGUGAAACCAGAUAUUGUUGCUGGCACAACUGCUUGUGAAGAAGUAAGACGUAGUAAGAAAUUUGCUGAAAUACUAGAACUGAUCCUUCUUUUAGGAAAUGUAAUGAACAGUGGUUCAAGAAAUGGUCAGGCAUUUGGAUUUGAGAUUAGUUUCUUACCAAAGUUAACAAGUACAAAGGAUGUUGAAAAUAAAACAACCUUGCUUCAUUAUCUUGUGGAGACUAUUGAAAGCAAGUUCCCACACUUAUUAUCAUUUGAGGAUGAGCUACGACACGUAGAUCGCGCAGCUCGAGUGGCUGUGGACAGUAUUCAGAAAGCUCUUCGGCAAAUGGAUUCUAGUGUUCGAAAUCUCGAAACGGACCUCAAUAAUUGUAAAGUGCCUCAGAGCGAGGAUGACAAAUUUGUUCAAGUCAUGGGUUCUUUUGCAAAGGAGGCAAGAGAGCAAUGUGAGAUAUUGCAAAGUAUGUUCAAGAAAAUGGAUGCCCUGUAUACUGAUUUAUCUGAAUUUUUCUCCUUUGAUAAGCUAAAGUAUACUUUAGAGGAGUUCUUCACUGAUGUGAAGUCAUUUAAGGAUUCAUUUUAUCAAGCCUUUAAAGAUAACCAAAAGGUAAGGGAGGCAGAAGAAAAGAGCCGAAGAGCAAGGGAGGCCCGAGAAAAGGCGGAAGUUGAAAGAGCCGAUCGAGUAGCACGAAAACGAGCUCUUGUGGACAUGAAUACCGCUCAAGCUCAAGAGGGUGUCAUGGACUCUCUACUUGAAGCUCUGCAGUCUGGCUCCGCAUUCAGCAGAGAUCAACGUCGAAGGCGACCGGGUCAAAGACCUGCUGGAGCUGAAAGAAGAGCUCAGUUGAAUAGAAGUCGUUCGAGGUCAGGAUUAGUAGGUGGGGCAUUGACCAGUAGAGAACUAUCUAGUGAACUUCUUGGCAGUGCCUAGCAGUGUGGUCAAGCCUUUGGCAGUUAUUGCCAUCUGUUUUCUCCUGUGAUUUAAUGAUAGUGUCAAGAUCUUGGUGUGGUCACAUUGCUCAAUAAGCAUUUCAUAAGUACAAUGAACCCUUCAUCCAGUAUUAUUACUGGGCUAAGUAUAGACUCAAGAUAUUUGUCGCAAGGUGUCCAACAACUGUUGUAGAAAUUUAGACCUAUACUAACAGGAUCUUGCUUUCAAGGUAAUUCUAUUAACUUCUAUCAUAAAAAUAGCAAAGAACUUGCGCAUUUGAUUUCUGAAAAGUCUAGUUCCAGUUAUAUCAGACAAAGAGUCAGAAGAAUCCAGUUAAGAAAAGUUUGGGAAUACUCAGCUUCAAUCUAAAGAGCAAACAAAACUUUUGAAAUAACUUUGUCUUUCAAAUUGUUUCAAUGUAUUUUUUAUGAUCAUUUGUUGUACAAACAAGACUGAAAACAAAAUUGUUUUGGCUUAAAUCUUAUAAUGGAGCCCUGGCUUAUUUUGGUGUAUUCUCUUGAUAAAUUUUAUACAGUUGACGUAUCAUAAUUUGAAUGAAAGUCCAAAGAAUUCGGGGUCCAAGCAUCAUUUUUUCCUGGUACUGAGUUUUUUCUAGACUGGUAGGAUUCCAAGUUCUGUGAUGUUGAAGUAUUUUGGUAGUUUUUGAUGCACCUGCAUUUUUUCCCUUUCUUGAAAAAGCAAAUAUUAAGAUUCUAUUUGGUUUUUCAUUUUAAGAUUUUUAUCGUGAAUUUCAAUUGAGCCCUCAAUGAAUUUUUCUUUUGCUCUUUUACAACAACGAAUUUUAUGUAUUAAAUCUAUCGUAUGGUCUAUUUACUAUUUAUUAAAAAGUCUUUAACUAGCUACUUGAUUUUUGUUAGAUAAAACUCUUGCUCAAUUGUGAUUCGUCCUCCAUAUCAUUCAGUAUGAAAAUUCUCAGCUAUUUUAACAAGAAUAAAUGCUGAGUUUUUAGUAUGUAAGGUACACAUCACCCUUUCCUUAAGUAGGAAAAUAUUCAAUUAAGAGACUUCACAGUAUCUUGGUUAGAUAUACAGUACGCAGGUAAAGAGAUAAGAUUGUAUUAGGGUAUUUCUGUUGAAGUCAUCCAUUCCCAGUAUGUUUGUGAUUACAAAUUCUUAGCUUCUUUAAAUUAUAUGCAUGUAGGUAUCACUGGUGUGUUGUCGUUUCCUUCGUUGACAUAUAUUUAUAUAUUGUGUACUUAUGUAUGUUGAAACCUUCCAGUGUAACCUUGGGAUAUACCCCAAGAUGUAACAAUCAUUGAUUUUUAUUUGAAUUGUUAAUUGACUUGUUGUUUUGUUAUCCAUUCUGUAAAUAACACAAUUAUUUUUGAUGUGAUUGCCACAAGAAUCUAUCUAUAUAUAUUAAGGAGUUUAGAGAAGCAAAUUGUGGGAUGGUAAUAUGUAAAUUGUCAAUUGUUCUUUUUUUCCAAUGUCUUUUGCAUCUGUUCUGUUCUGGUACAUUGAUCUAAAGGAUUUGCUCUUACAAUUAUUUUUCAAAUAUGUAAGUUACCAACUAUGCAUAAAAAUCAUUGAUUUAAUAACUUUCAGUUAGACCUUGCCAUCAAUAGCAGUUGACUGUUUCAAGAUGACCCCAAGCAGUUGCAGCAUGUCUGUUGAGCAUAAAUGAAUGUAUUGCAACUCACAUGUUUCUGUUUGAACCCUUCACAGAACUAAGUAUUUGUCCAUGUUGUAAUACUGUUGGUGAAUGGGUCUUAUGUUCUCUUAUCCUGAUAAUUUCAGUGAAUAUUUCAUCUACACAAACAAGCCUUUCCUGUAAAUAUUGUAUCUAUUGAGAAGAAAAGGUAGAUGAAUGGUUCACUGUUGAUAUUAUUUUAAGAGAUAAUCUUUGAAUUAAGCAACUCCAAUUGGGUUCAGACAGAUUUGCUCUAAUCGAAUGUAAAAGAAGUAAAUCAUAUUUUAUUAAAUGGGUUUCCAAUAAUGUGCCUUAUAUUUGUUGUCUAUAUGUGAAUAAAAUGGUGAACAUUAAGCAAUGUAAACUCUAUUCAAGUCAUUUUUCUUAAGCAGAUUUAAAAACUGUAUAUUGAAUGAAUUUUAAUAGUGCUGGCACUACUGUGGUACAAAAUGUGAACUUUCACCUGAACUGCCAUUAUGGGAUUAUGUGUAUAACAUCAGUUCUGACAGGCGUAAUUUUUUUAAUGGCCUCUCAGUAGUUUGUAGUGUGUUUUGGAUGUGUAAAUUUGUUAUCUUUCACUGUGACACUUCUGAUGCCAAAUCUAAAUCAUAUUUUUUACUAUUUUAUAAUACUUAAUGGAAUGGGUGCAGAUCGACCCCCUGUCUGGAAUUUCGUGUGCACUUUAAUACUAUUUUUUUUAGCGCGACUAAAAAAAGCCCUUAUAUGAAUGGAUAGUGAGAUCAUGAUGAUUUUAUUUGUUAUUGUAAGUUACAAUAAAGAUUGCUUCACUUUA